AUGUCGUGGCUGCCAAUGCUUUGCCUGACUGCCCUGCCUCAUCUAGGAGGGCUCUAUGGAGGUUACAUCACACGCAAGCAGGUGAAGACUUGGUACCCCACUCUCAACAAGCCGCCAUGGCGUCCACCCAAUUCUGCGUUGCCUAUAGUGUGGACUACCCUCUACACAGGCAUAGAGUGUCAGACAACAUACUCUGCUAGGUAUGGCUCCUACCUGGUGUGGAAGGAGUGUGGGGGGUUCACUGAGGAUGCUGUGGCACCUUUGGGACUCUACGCGUUGCAGCUGGCUCUCAACUGGGCCUGGACUCCCAUCUUCUUUGGUGCACACAAGUUGAAAAUGGCCCUCAUCAAGAUAGUGAUGCUGACUGGUGCUGUUGGAGCCACUAUGGCACCCUGGUAUCCGGUCAAUCGCACUACCAGCCUGCUCCUGACACCCUACCUGGCAUGGCUGUGCUUGGCCAUCUCCCUCAACUACUGCAUCUGGAGAGAGAACCCAGAUGAGGAUGGAAAGGAGGAGUAG